UUAACUCCUGCAGGAUUCGAUGUGGGCGGAGGCUGGAGAGGACGAAGCAACGCGACCGCCAGCAAAAGUGCGUGGCAUCCAGGGCCGGGCGGAAAAUCUCUGGCCGAGAGCCUGCCGCGAGAUCGGACGGCGACACUUGGCGUCCCUAGUCAGCAGCAGAAAGGCCCGGCGCGCCGUGGGCCUCGUGGCGAAACCGUCAGCUCGUGUUCAUUUCCGCUCCCCGUCUCACCUCACCUCACUUCACUUCUGCCUUCCCAUGGCGGCGGCGGCUCACCUCCUCUGCUCCCCACCGGCCUCCUCCCCCGCUAACCGUCGUCCCCUCGCUCCAGGCCGCCGUCCCGCCCACCGGGCCAAACAUGCCAGAGGCCUCUCCUGCCGCGCGUCGCUCGGCCCCGACGGCUCGCUGGCCUUGCUCGGUUCCCCCGGUCCGAGGCCGGCGCUACCAAAGGGGAGACCGUACCUGAGAGAUAACUGCCUCAUCUUCCCGCCCCCGCGCGGCCGCUGCCCGCUCGCGGUCGUCAAGUUCCUUGGCGGCGCCUUCAUCGGAGCCGUCCCGGAGGUCACCUACGGCUACCUUCUGGAGCUCCUGGCGCGGGAGGGCUUCCUCGUGGUGUGCGUGCCGUACAACGUCACCUUCGACCACGAGGCCGCCGCGCGGGAGGUCUUCCAGAGGUUCCACGCCUCCUACGACGCGCUCCUCGCGUCGGGGCUGCCGGAGGCCGGGCUCAGCGCGCUGGACAUCGCGGAGCUCCCGCUCUACUCCGUUGGCCACAGCAACGGUGCCCUGCUUCAGCUGUUGGUGGGGAGCUACUUCUCCGAAAGGAUACCAAAGGCUAACGCCAUUGUCUCAUUCAACAAUAGGCCAGCAUCAGAGGCUGUUCCUUACUUUGAACAGAUAGGCCCCCUUUUUAGUCAACUGAUGCCUAUGAUGGAGGCCUCACCUGUUUACUCUGUUGCCAGAAAUGCAUCAGGAGAUGCAUGGAAGGCUCUAUUUGAUUUAGCUGGAGGUUUUAUACGGGAAUAUGAUCAAGAAGCUAUGGUAUCACUGAGCAAAUUUGUCGAUCAGUUACCAUCAGUAAUGAAUCAGGUUACAGAAGGUGUGUCUGAAUUCAAACCAACACCACCUGAAAAUCGUGAAUUCUGCAAGAACUCCUACAGCGUACCCAAUACAUUAUUGGUGAAAUUCAGCGUCGAUACUAUUGAUGAUACAGAUAUAGUUGAAGACGUCCUGAGACCCCGAGUAGACUCUAUUGGUGGACAAAUAAAGAAAAUCAUACUUUCAGGAACACAUCUAACUCCAUGUAUACAGGAUGUGAAAUGGCAAGUUGGUUCAGAAUACACUCCAGCAGAUGCUCUUGCCCAGGGAUUGAAAUCAUUGGCUCUCAAUGAAACAAGGGUCCUCUCAAUAACUAUUGCUGAUUGGUUUAGAUCCCUUUAAAUUUUGAGUUACUCAAUACAUCCAUUGAAGAUCGGAAUGCUUCUUACAAAGGUAUCUACUACUGUAUCUAGAUUUCAUAAUCAAUGACUCAAUUCAUAUUCACACCUUUGGGUUAAGUUAUGUGGUCUGUGCACCUGGGAUAAGCGCUUGCAUCUCUCAUCCAGUUAUUAUAUUGGAAAUUGGUUUACUUACCUCAGAGCUAGAGAAUCAAUGGUAUGAUAUGGUUUUCAACCAGUUAACUUUGGAGAAUCAAUGGAAUGUUUUGUCGGUUCCGCCUUGCUGGUGCAGUCGACUGGGGCUGGCAUUGCAACAAGGCAUCAGAGUACAAUGUACAGUAUUUAAGAGCAAUCCAUUUGGGCUGUGCUGAGUUGGUUCGGCUUACCCACAGGCCGUACUACUACUAUCUGAUCAAGAUUGAGGGUUUGGGACCAACUUGGAUUGUAGUUGCAGACUAUACAAUCGAUCUAACUGAAGUCCAAGAAGACAUUAUCCUAUUUCAGGUACGGCGCCAGCAAGGCCAAGUUGGCCAAAUAUCUUGCUUCGCGCAGGCAAGCCUGUACAUGUAAUGUGGUUUUCUGCUGGCUGGCGAAUAGGCUUUAUGUGUCAAACGAAAUGUAGAUUGCAUAUUGUAUUUUCUGAGCAUACUUAAUAAUCUCACGGUAUAGCUCGAACAAUUGGACUGUUUUGGGUAUUUGAUUGUCGUACAAGCAGUUGGUUA